AUAGGCGGAAAGCUUAAUGUGUCUGCUACCGAGGGUUAGUGAGGUGCAUAACGAGUUCUUCGUUGUUUGAACAUUGUUAACUAUCCAAAAGUGUUCUUUUCUGACUUUUAUUUUGUAGCAAGUUGAAUUGUCUGUUUCCGUUUUAUAUUACAGGAUUGUCUUAAUCGGAUACUUGUGUUAAUGUUGAAUUUGUCGAUUCCUUUCCUUGAUAAAGUGCAUUUUGUUGGCUUGCCGGCUUGUCGACUGACCUUUUCUUGUGUUCUUCUCUUCUCCUGUCCUCACUCACACUGCUCUUUAUGCUUUCCUAGCACACAAGGCACCUCCUGGCUAGACGCAAAUCGUCACAUUAGUUCCACAAAGUUCCUUUUUAUUUUUUUGUUUUAUAUGCUUGGACACCCAAAAUUUGUCAAAGUCGGUUUAGUGGGCAGAAAAUCCAGGGUGAAAUAGCCGCCACGAAGUAUUUGGAAGGACUCUGUUGACACUGCGUGACUUCGUGUGAUUUAUGUCUGCGCUUGCGAAGAAAAUGGAUUUAUAGCAGUUACGUUAAUAACCUACCCUACAUUACCAUAAUUUCGGAGCUAUAUGAUAAUUCUUUACAAGCUUAGUCAAUCAAGGUUAUCAUGUAAAACAGUGUAGUAUCAAUUCUUAAAGUCAUGUAAAUUAGAGUAAUCGUUGAUUUUUGAAGCAAAUAUCCACAUGGAAAUGUCUCCGAAAUUUACCUUGAAGUCUACCACGACGUAUAGUGGUUAUAGAUGCAUUGGAAAAGAGUAUUCAUGUAUGUUGCAAGUCUGCUGCUCUGCUAUGUAGCAUGUAAAGUUACUUGGGAAUGCAAGAAUGAGUAUUAAUUAUAAAACCCUGAUUUUAUUUUUAAUUUCAAUAUGUAUUUGUUUCAAACCAGAUGGAGAGUAAUUUAACAGGUACGAAUCUUUUUGUAGUUAUGAUUUAAUGCUUUAGAGCACCCAACUUCAAACUAAUCUCGCUGCAACUGCAAUACUUUAUAGACCCAACUGUAGCUGCUACGGCUAGUUGGGCUUGCCCAUCAGGAUGAUUCGGCUGGUUUAUACUGACUGGAAUGCAUGUUCCUUUAGGUCUUACCUUAUGAACCUCUUUGCAAUUGAGUUUGGUUUUAACUGCAUUCAUUCAUCUUGAGGUCAUACUUCCUUUUACUGAUCAUUCAAACCUGACUAAUCUGUUAGCUAAAACUCAGUUUAUAUUGUAAUGAAAAAGCUGAUCGUUAUUUGCUUGCCCGCAACUCUUGGACACAUCUCAUCAUAAGUUUGUUUAACAUAGUCUCACUUUUAACACUUAUGAUAUUCACAUCUUUGUAAAUGUAAGUUUUUCCUUUUACUUUUCCGCAGGCCAAUUUUUGUUUAAUAUACUUUUGUCCUGAAGGACUCAUGAAAUCUGUUUUCACAGAGCCCUCAUACUUAAUCCAUUUACAUUUAAUGUCUUAUGUAGGAUUGAAAAUAAGCAAAUGAUUGAUGCGAUCAGAAUCCUUAAGUCAGGUGACAGUGAUGACCUCCAAAACCUUUUGCAAACAUUCAAUAUACAUUCUCGUGAUGCAGACAAUAAUACGUUGCUUCACCAUGCCUGUUUAUUAGGAAAUGUUAAAGCUGUACGUCUUCUGUUAGAUAGUGGCGUUCAUGCAAAUGCCUCCAACAUUGAUGGACAGACUCCAAUUUGCGAUGCAGCUCUAAGCGGAUCAGCUGAGAUAAUUUCUCUUUUAUUAAGAAGUAAAGUUGAUGUUAAUCCACCAUCUUAUUGGGGUUCUCCGUUAAUCUAUGCCACACAGAAUGAAUCUAUAAAUGCAAUGAAAGUUUUGAUAGAUGCUGGUGCAAGUUUAAAUUCUCCUGAACGCAAUGGCCUUUGUCCACUACAUAUAGCUAUCCAAAGGAGAUUUUAUGCUGGCGUUUACCUUCUACUUUCUAAAGGUGCAGACCCGAAUUGUGGAGUACGAUUGACAACUCCCUUGCAUAUGGCAGCGAAAUUGAAUGAUGUUGACAUAACAUAUUUACUAUUAGAAUUUGGUGCAUCUCCGACUUCUCUAGAUAAAGAAAAUCGUACUCCAAUUGAUUAUGUGCCAAAUACGAGUCCAGUUUAUCAGUUAUUGAAAUCUGUACAAAAUCAAGUUCCAUCAUUACAAUCCAUUUCAAGAUUGACUAUUUUUUCUUUAUUACGCUCUGCUAAAUUGUCACCAGUUAAAGAACUUUAUUUACCAAAUAUUUUAAAGGAUUAUCUUUCAUUUCGUCAUUUUCAUUUUGUAACUGAGUAAAUAAAUACCGAACAAAUCUAUCCUACCUACCCAUCUAUCUAUCCCUGUGACAAUGGCAAUCAUACUGUUAACAUCGUUUGUGUUGAUGUCAUGUUUUACUUUGUUUUUUUCUCUGUUACUUCAUUUUAUAACUUGUUAAUUUGUUAUAUUUUGACUGAAUUGUAAGGUGUUUUCUAAUUAGUCUUUCAUGUUUUCUCUUCCUAAGCAAUAAUACUUCCAGUAGUAGUUUCAGUUAUUAUCAUCACUAUUAUUAUUUUCGUUUUAUAUGUGAUUCAUUUGAUUAAUUUUGUUUCAUUCUUACAUUGUAUUUGGCUAAGAGACAAACAACCAUGUGGUUUUAUACUCUACACAGUGUAAAUGUUACUUACGGUUCUAGUUGUACAUGGGUGUGUGUGUGUGUUUGUAUGUGAUAAUAAUAAGUAUUUAUGUUGUUCAUUUCACUUUUCAUCAUUCAUGACAAUUUCGUUUUCUCUAAAUGACUACUUUGAUUUAUUUGAAGUGAUUUCUUUCUGUUUUGUUGUUGUUGUUGUUGUUGCUUUUUCUAUUGUGUGUGUGUGUGUAUGUGUUGGGUUCAAUGAAGAGUUGGUUAUUUUCAUACUUUAUUAUAUUGAUUUAAUUUAAUUUGUUAGUUUGUGCUUAUGUAUGAGUUGAUCCCACUUUUGAUGUCCAUAUUAAAGUUGUUGACAUUAACUUUUGAAGUAAUAAAAAAGUUGAUGGU